AUGUCCCCUCCUCAUCCAAGGGCCGGCGGGGGGCGGCACCUGGGACAACACCGGCGUUCGGACUACACCUCCCAGCAUGCCCCGCACCGGAACUUCCGCCACCUCCGCGCUAUAAAAGCGGCGCCGCCGCCGGCGCCGCUCAAACGGUCCGCGGGCGGUGCGAGAUGUUUCCCGCUGGGCUCUGGCUCUAGGAUGUUGGAGAACCGAGAGGAAGUGAGGAGCAUUCCUGGUUUAUUCCCAAAUCCUGGAAUUGGGAACGAGGGCUCCUGGAAUUCCUACGUGGAUUACAAGAUCUUCCUGCACACCAACAGCAAGGCCUUCACCGCCAAGACGUCGUGCGUGCGGCGCCGCUACCGCGAGUUCGUGUGGCUGCGGCGGCAGCUCCAGCGCAACGCCGGCUCCGUCUGCGCCGGGGGCUGCCUGGAGAGCUUCCCCUGCUGGAGUGACUUCGGCAUGGACGAGGCACGGCCGGACAGCCCGGCCAGACAUGGAGUGACCCCUCCGGACAGCCCGGCCGGACAGCGAGUGACCCCUCUGGACAGCCCAGAGGAGCCCCAGGAUGUCCGGCCGGACAUGGAGUGACCCCUCCGGACAGCCCGGCCGGACAUGGAGUGACCCCUCCGGACAGCCCGGAGUGUCUGGCCGGACACCGAGUGACCCCUGUGGACACUGAGUGACCCCUCCAGAGUGUCCGGCUGGGCACCGAGUGACCGCUCCGGACAGCCCAGAGUGUCCGGCCGGACACUGAGUGACCCCUUUGGAGAGCCUGGUGUUCCCAAAAUUCCCAGCUGGACACUGAGUGACCCCUCUGGAGAGCCUGGGAUUCCCAGAAUUCCCAGCUGGACACUGAGUGACCCCUCUGGAGAGCCUGGUGUUCCCAAAAUUCCCAGCUGGACACUGAGUGACC